CAUCUCUCUCUUUCCAGAAGAAGAAGAACUGUCAUUUUUUUGUGCAUUGCAAAAGAAGUCAAAACAAUUUUUGAUCGCUUAUCACUAAAAUGCUGAAUUUUCCGUGAAAAUCAUUGCGUAGAGUGCGUAGAAUGAAUGUAUUUAGUGUGUUCAAGUCCAGCCCCAGUGCGGAGGAGGAUACUGAGGUGGCUGAUACCACGUAUUACGUCGUAUUUUCGGAAUGUGUCAAGGACAGUGUCUUCUGGACAGUUGGGGCCUUUGCCUUUACCGUGCUCAUGAUUUGCCUCUAUCGGUGGCGCAAAUGGCACGUGGAAUCCCUGGAGAAGAUUGCCGCGAAGGCUCUCUGGAUGUCUGGCUACGAGAACACGCCCUAUCGCUUCCGGAAGCGAGAUAAGGUGAUGUUCUACGGUCGGAGGAUGUUGCGAAAGAUGAAAUCGCUAUCGGAUCAGGCCUACAGUGGGCAGGGACGGAAGCGGAGGGCUGUAAUGAGAUUUGCAAAACGCAUCUUGCAAAUGCAGAAAGAUAACAUGCCGAUGCAGCUGAAAGUCCUGGAACCACCUGCUGAGUUUCUCGAGGAGAGUCACGAAGGGAGUUUGGGAAUGCCUCCGGAUGUUCUGUACAUGCUGCAGAGUAUCCGGAUCUUUGGGCACUUUGAGAAGCCCGUCUUCUUUCGACUCUGCAAAUUCACGGAGGUUAUCAGUCUCCAGUCUGGGGAGUACUUGUUCAAGAUUGGAGACACCGAUGACAGUGUGUACGUUGUACAGACGGGUAGUGUUAAUGUUUCCAUUAAUAAUGCCGAUGGGACCACAAUGUCACUCAAAAUCAUCCGGAAGGGUGAAUCUGUGACCUCCCUGCUGAGCUUUAUUGACGUCCUGGCGGGAUCACCGAGUAUCUACAAAACUGUCACAGCUAGAGCGAUGGAACCCACGCAGGUGAUCCGCCUGCCAAUGUACGCCUUCAAGGAUGUCUUCUCUGAGAGUCCAGACCUUCUAGUCAGAGUUGUUCAGGUCAUUAUGGUUCGCCUGGAGCGUGUAACCUUCACUGCAUUGAGGAACUACCUUGGGCUACAUGCUGAGUUAGUUUAUCACGCUCCGAAAGCUUCAAAGAAACCGGAAAAGAUGAAAAAUUCUCCUGGUCACAGACGCACAAACUCCACUUACUUGGAAGAAGUUAUGGCCCUCUAUGGGCAUUCAGGGGAUCGUCCGGAUAUGCUUGCUGAUCUGGCAACGACUGAAUGUGCCACAGGAUCGUGUGCGAGGAAGCUUUCGAGCACAAAGAUGUGCGAUGAGAAGUCCAUUCACUAUGUCUACGCUUUGGACAGCUUUACGCGGGAAUUGGGGCUUCCGGAUGAGGAUAAGCAUCUUCUGGAGGGAGCUAUGGAAGUACGGGAGUAUCAACCAGGAGAUACAAUUAUCCGGGAGGGAGACAACACAGAUGACGUCUCAUUGCUCUUCCUCCUGAGCGGAAGUUUGCAGGUCUAUCAGUUCCGGUACACGUACUCCAACAAUGGGAACAUUAAGCAGGAGAAUACCGAAGUUCACGUACUCUCCAUCCAUCCAGGAGAAUUCGAUGGAGGACUGGCUGUCAUCACGGGCGAGGCGAGUCUCUACACCAUUCGUGCCAAGCACUUUUCCCGCGUGGCUAUGCUAAGUCGUUCUACUGUGUACAACAUCAUGCGUGAACGUCCCACAAUUGUCCUGGACAUUGCCAAUAUGGUAGUACGGAAGCUAUCUCCGUUGGUGCGGCAAUGCGACUUUGCACUCGAUUGGAUGUUCCUCGAAUCCGGGAGAGCUGUCUUCCGGCAGGAUGAGCAGAGCGAUAGCACCUACAUUGUCCUCAGUGGACGCGUGCGAUCGGUAGCAACACACGCAAAUGGGAAGAAGGAAAUUGUCGGGGAAUACGGGAAAGGAGAUCUCGUUGGACUCGUGGAGAUGAUCACCGAUACAACGCGCACAACCACAGCAAUGGCCGUGAGAGAUUCGGAGCUAGCUAAAUUGCCACAGGGACUCUUCAAUGCGAUCAAACUUCGUCAUCCGAUGGUGGUGACGCAGCUCUUUGGGCUACUAAGUCAUCGACUUUUGGGCUCAGUGCAGGGAAGGCAUUCCUCGAGGAUGGCACCGCAGACAGUUGAACCAACGCACAUUAAGCACAAAUACUCAACAGUUGCCAUCGUGCCGGUCAAUGAGGAUGUUCCCUUGUCUGCCUUCACGUACGAACUGUAUCACUCCCUGUGCGCCAUUGGACCCACGCUGAGGCUCACAUCGGACGUUGUGAGGAAGACUCUGGGGGCAAAUAUCCUCGACAGUGCCAAUGAGUACCGAUUGACGAGUUGGUUGGCUCAGCAGGAGGAUCGCAAUAUGAUUGCCCUCUAUCAGUGCGACAACAUCGUCUCCCCGUGGACACAGCGAUGUUGGCGCCAGGCGGAUGUUAUUCUUAUUGUGGGUGUGGGAGAUCACGGUCCUGGGGUGGGGAGCAUGGAGAGGGAGAUUGAUCGAUUGAUGCUGCGAACGCAGAAGGAGCUGGUCAUCCUGCAUCCUGACAAUUCGACCACAAAGCCCACAAACACAGUCCAGUGGCUAAACAUGCGAUCCUGGGUGAUGAAGCAUCAUCACAUUCAGUGCAAGAAGAGGAUGUUUACCAGGAAGAGUCAGUACAGAAUUAAUGAAUUGUACAGCAAAGUGCUGUUGACUGAGCCAAAUCUCCAUUCGGAUUUCUCUCGUCUGGCACGUUGGUUGACGGGGAAUUCAGUGGGACUCGUGCUGGGCGGUGGUGGAGCUCGAGGGGCAGCUCACGUUGGUAUGCUGAAAGCCAUCCAAGAAGCUGGAAUUCCCAUCGAUAUGGUCGGUGGGGUGAGCAUAGGAGCCUUCAUGGGGGCACUCUGGUGCUCCGAGAAGAAUAUCACGACUGUAACGCAGAAAGCUAGAGAGUGGUCCAAGAAAAUGACGCAGUGGGGUCGGCAGCUCCUUGAUCUGACCUACCCUAUAACGUCAAUGUUUUCCGGACGGGACUUCAACAAAACAAUCCGGGAUACUUUUGGGGAGAUUUACAUUGAGGAUUUGUGGAUCCCCUACUUCACCCUCACGACAGACAUCACGGCUAGCUGUGCUAGAGUCCAUACACACGGAUCCCUGUGGCGGUAUAUAAGAUCAUCAAUGUCCCUCAGUGGCUACAUGCCACCGCUCUGUGAUCCUAAAGAUGGGCAUCUUUUACUCGAUGGAGGAUAUGUCAACAAUCUUCCAGCUGAUGUUCUGAGGGCUCAGGGAGCUGCCCACAUAAUUGCCAUCGACGUGGGGAGUCAGGAUGAGACGAAUUUGACGGACUAUGGCGACUACUUGUCUGGCUGGUGGCUCAUCUAUAAGAAAUUCAAUCCCUUCACAACUCCCGUGAAGGUGCCCAAUCUACCGGACAUCCAGUCACGCCUGGCGUACGUUUCGUGCGUGCGGCAGUUGGAGGAGGUGAAGAACAGCGACUACUGCGAGUACAUCCGUCCGCCCAUUGAUCAGUACAAGACACUGGCAUUUGGGCAGUUUGAUACGAUUAAAGAUGUGGGUUUUGCCCAUGGGAAGCAGGUGUUUGAAAAUAUGGCCAAAUCCGGGAGGAUUUCGUUCUUCAAUCAGUGGUCCCUCAAAGAUGGGGGAGUUCCCAAGGCCACCCCACAUUCCCUCAAUGAGUACACCUUUACGGAUCUCGCACAGAUUGUCUGCCGUGUCCCAGAGACAUACACGGAGAAUCAGUACUCAUCCACGGAUGAGGAUGUCUACUUUGACGGCUACAUCUCAGAACCAUCGAGCCUCUACCCAAUGGGGCAGCCACUGAAGCUCAAACGCACGGGAGGCUCUCUCUCAUUGUCUGAGAAUGAGAUGGAUUCCGAUGAACUGGAAGUGCCGACACUGCUGCAGCUCAGCGGAAAGACCAAAGAGCGACUCGAGUCGCAGGAGUUUGAAAAGAAGAAAGCCACAGAGGAGAACCCCCAAAUCCCAACCAAUUCCACCACAUCCCAAUAAAUUCAUUUAGGUUGAUUUUUUCUUUUCAUAUAAAUAUAGAAAAAUGUUUUAUUUUGAGAAAAAAAAAUGAGAUGACAGAGUUUUUUAUUUUAUUGGAGAGAUUCUGGCGGGCACUUUUGUACAGAAACAGUGAGAUUUUAUAAGGAGAGCCAAUUGAAAAUGUUUUUUUUUUUUUAAUUAUGGCAAUAUUUUGAAUAUUUUUUUGACAAAAUAAGCAUAUUUUUCAUAAUAUUAAAACAAAAUCUGGAUUUUUUAUCAACAUUAGAAGACGUGCUAUAAAAAUGGAUUUUAUAGGACAUUAGUAAUUAUGCAUUUAAAUACUUUUUCCUUUAAUCAUUGCUCAUAAAUAAGAUUAAUGGAACCCAAAUACAACAAUACAUAGCUUGCUAUAAAUACAGCUUCACACUUCCUAUAAAAAAGUUUAAAGGUUUGUAUUUGAUAUGAAAAGAACAAGUAAAUACACCUCAUUCUAGAUAAAUAGCAUUGUUAAGUUUCCUAUAAAUUAAGCAAGAUUCUAUAAAACUUAUAGAUGCUAUAAAAAACUGACCCUUGAGAUUCGAUGUAUAAGUAUUAAUAGACUUUAUAGAAUUAUCCUUGGAGCUUCUUGGAAUUAUAAAUCGAAGCCACCAUUACUAAUACAUUGAUUUUUAUAGCAAGUACCAUAAAAUUGGAUCUAAUAUUUAAUCCUAUAUUAAAUAAAAAUCAAUUUUUAAUCGUCAUAAAAUUGACGAAGAGUAUUCUCAUCUUCUAUAAAAACCUAUGUAAGCUAUACUUUAUUAUAAAAUAUCCCUUUAUGGCAUGUUCUACAAAAAAUGGGUCCAAUAUUAAAACGAUAAAUCCGUGUUAAUCAAAUAAGUCAGUUUCUAUCAAGGAUAAUAUUUCUGAGUCACUGGCAAGUACCAUAAUUACAGACGGUCACAAAGUUCCUAUAAAAAAUAAACCUAAGUGAUAUAAAAUACUGUUCUUGCAAUAAAAUGAAUAGUCUUAAAAUAUAGCUUUUGUGAUCUUAGUUCUGGAACUUGCUAUAAAAUUUCACUUGACACGAAAAAGCUAUAAAAUAACUAAAACAGCGAACAAAAGUAAAAACUUUCAAAAGUUAAGGAUUUUACAGCAAUUUAGAAGCUGACUCUCUGACUUUGAGAGGAUGCUAUAAAAGUAAAUAUUGCAAAAGAGAAAAAAAAACAUUUCAAUUGACCCCCCUUAUAAAAUCUCAGUGUAAAUCAGCAAUCCAUUUCUGGUUCAUUAGACGAUGUGUCGUCCAUUUUGCCCCCAUUGCGCCACAUUACGUUGCACAUUUCGCGCAUGAGGACCUUCUCGGCGUCGUCUCCGGACGGGGAUGUGGAGUCACCCAGUGCAAUGUGACCUCGAUGCCGGGGAUCCCUCUCGAGUUGCUCGCGCACCUCGAGCACCUGGAGGGCCCGCACGACAGCCUCGGGACGCCCCGAAAUGGGAUCAGCAGCACCCGUGGCGGCAUUCUGGGCUGGUGCCUGUGGGGUGGGUGUUGUCCGGGUGGUGUUCUCCUCCUCAAGCUGCCGGAUCCGUCGCUCGAGCGAACGCACGUACUGCAGUGUUUGAUCAGUGAUUGUCGGUCGGAUGUUUAAUUCCUGCAACGGGAGAAACAUUUUUCCCGCAAUUAGCUCCCCGCUGUGCUGGACCCCGUGGGGCCGGCAUCGGGAAACUCCUCCGCGGUGGGAGUUUUGCAACGAAAGCGAUAAUCACAAAGCAUCUUCAUAUUUACGGGAAUGCUCCUCUCGAAAUUCCGCAGAGUCUGCAUUGGUUCAUCUGCAUUUGUGCUGGAACUGCUACCAUCCCCAUCGUCGCGCACCACCGGCUCCAUCGUGGCACCACAAUUGGAACAAACACGCGCCAUGGCGGCUGCAUUGGCACGCUCCUCAUCCAGAUACAGGCACAAAUCCUUCAGCUCAAGAUUAUCUCGAAUUAAUUCUUGCUGCUUAUCGUCCAGUUGCCUCAAUUUGUUCUGAUUUAUAUUUGAGGAAAAAAGCAAAAUUUUAUUUCAAUUCUUUUUUUGAAAAUAGGGGAAAAUGGGGUAAAGUAAAUCAAUCUCUAAAAGUUUGAAUAAAUAUUUUUUCAAGAAUUUUUAUAGAAAACUGUUUAAAUAGUUAUUAAAAUUAAAAAGACAAUAAAAGGCAAAAAUAAUCAUUUUUUUCUUAUUAAUUGAAUUAAAAUUUAUAGCACAAAAUUGUUCUGAUUUAUUUAGCCCCAUGACUUUUAAUAAUAUUUAUAAAACAUUUUUAAAACAUUAAAGCUCUUAUUUAAAUAAAAAUAUUGAAUAAAACUGAAUAUUUUUAACCUUUACAGAACGCUUUAUAUGCAGAUUAAUUAAAACAAAUCAUGGUUCAAUUUAGAAAUAUUACUGAUUCAUUUAGCCCCAUGAUUUUUUAAAUUUCAAAAUUUAAUUAAAAGACUAAAAAAGCUACUAAUAAAUACUUUAAACGAAAUGAAUUUAAUAUUUUAAACCAAGAGAACCAUCAAAAUAAAUCAGAAUUGGCGGGAUUGGCCUUAAAAUCAAACUGAUUAAUUUUACCCCAUCAUUUUUGGCCGUCCAUAAAAACAAAAAUUGAGAAAAUAAAGCAAAUGAGUCAGAAAGAAAAUUGUUAGACUGAAAUUUCAUUAAAGAAAAAUCUAUUAAAAAAUUCCACAAAAUAAUAAAAUUUUAUUCAAACAAAUUUGUCAAUUUGUCAAUAAAAUAAAAUAAAAUAAAAAGAAGGAUAACAAACCUGAUAAGCUGAGACCUCCUGUCGCAUAACACUAGCCGUGUAGCGCCCAAAGCGAUGCCAUUCGCGUGACAAUUUGCGACUCUUCUGACGAUCAUCGUCGAGGAAGCAACAUAAAUCUCUUAGCUCUUGAUUAUCAUCACUCAACCGCUGAUUCACCUCCUUCAGGGCCCUCAAUUCAGCGAUGAGACUCUACAAAUUGCCAAGAAAUGAAACCAUUAAACAUCCCCACAAAUCGUGACCCUUCCCUCCCAUUUUCUUGCCACAAAAAUUGCAUUUCUUCCUGCCCUCAACAAUGCAAUUUAAUACAUGUAUUCAGAGAAUAAUAUGUAGAUUGAAUAAACUUUUAUAAAUCAAUUCAA